AUGUCCUCCCCCACCCCCUCCCAAACCCCCUACAAACUCAUCUUCUUCACCCCUCCCACCUCCCUCUCAGCCUGCAAAAGCGCAAUCUUCUCCACAUCCCUCUGCGGUGCAUUCCCCCUGCCAAACCGUCCCGACACCAUCGGUUACAAAAACGUAUGCUGGGAAACCACAGGAACUGGCCAAUUCAUCCCCGGUGAGGACAGUACUCCUGAUAUCGGGGAAAGAGGGAAGUUGGAAGUGCUGGAGGAGGUUAGGGUCGAGGUUCAGGUUAGAGGGAGGGAGAAUGUUGCGGUUGUUGUCGAGGCUUUGAAGAAGGCUCAUCCUUAUGAGGUUCCUGUGUAUGAGGUUUACAAGAUGGAGGACUUUUGA